UCGUCUAUAGUCUUACCGGUGAUGCCAAGCUGCGCGUACGCUUAUUAUGUUUAAUUCUAAAAUAUAACAAUUCUAUUUUCGAAAAUGGCAUUAGAUGGAAACGAAGAAGCAUUUAUCCAAAAGAAUGUGGGAGAUGACAUGAUAUUAGAAAAGAUUUUGUCGAAAUUUCGACCGCUUGGACCUUUCUAUUUAAGACUCAUGCCGUUUCUUAUAUUUUCGAGUAUGACAAACGCAUUUUAUUGCAUGAAUUAUGUGUUCGCCGCUGUCAAUGUGGAGUACAGAUGUAAAUAUGAAUGCGAAGAAGCACAUAACAUUACCGAAGCAUUUCUGAAUAUAACUCGGAAUGUGGAUAAAUGCCACAAGUACCAACUGAUCGACAAAACAGGAGACUGUUCCAUCGACAACGUAAAUACCUCGCGCGUCGAGACCUGCCUCGAAUGGGUCUACGAAGAUCCUCAUAGUUUCGUUGCUGAUUUCCAACUGGCUUGUCAAGAUUGGAAGCGAACCCUGGUCGGCACAGUGCAUGUCCUGGGCUACAUGAUGGGACUACUGCUACUGGGGCCUGUAUCUGAUAAACUAGGCCGCAAGAAGCUGAUAGUAUUUACUGGAUUGACUGGCGCGGUGAUGGGUCUAGCGCGCAGUGUUACCGCCUCGUACUGGGUCUACAUCGCUUUAGAACUGAUUGAAGCGUUAUUGGGAGAUUCAUACUCGUCUAAUUAUAUGUUAGGUGUUGAAAUGGUAACAAAAGAAAACAGAGUUCUGUUCGCGCCUUUGAUGAUCGGUAGCAUGGCAGUAGCUGGUGGAAUGAUGGCACUGGUAGCCUGGCUAAUCCCCUACUGGAGAUACUUUUUACGAGUGAUCUACGGACCUGGUCUCCUCUUUAUCCUCCACGCAUUCUUCUUACCCGAAAGCGUCCGCUGGCUCCUAAUAAAAGGCAGGAAAGAAGAAGCGAAAAACAUUCUUCGAAAGGCAGCAAUAACUAGCAAAGUAGAUAUAGACGAGGCAAAAUUAGACAGCAUAGAUUGCGAAAGGAGUGUCGGAAGUACUAAUCUAAUAUCUUUGAUGCGAAUGACGAUGACGUCCAGAAAACUGCUGCUAAGGUUCUUGGCGUGCGCCUGUAUGUGGAUCACGUCUAGCUUCAAUAAAUACGCUUUGUUGAUCAACUCUGUGUCGUUAGAGGGGAACAAGCAUUUGAACUACGCGUUGACUGCCUUGUCGGAUCUGCCGGCAAGCAUUCUACUAAUCUACAUACUAAUCAGGUUUAAAAGAAAAAAUCCGCUGAUCUUUUCGUUUCUGCUGACGGGAAUGUUUUGUGUAGUGCAGUCUUUUAUACCUAAAGGCUACCCACAACUAUCAAUAACAUUAUUCCUGAUGGGCAAGUUUACGUCAGCCAUAUCUUACGCCACGGUGUACCUGUACACUUCAGAACUGUUCCCCACGUACACGCGGAACACCAUGCACGCUCUCUGCUCGUCUAUCGGGCGGCUUGGGUCUAUUAUAGCGCCCCAGACUCCGCUAUUGAUCCAGUUCUGGUCAGGUCUACCAUCCCUCAUCAUUGGCAGUUUGUCAUUGAUGACCGGUCUUGUGAUAAUGAUGAUGCCAGACACCUCGGAGGACGUUCUUCCGGACACAGUGAAGGAGGCUGAGGCACUCGGCACCACGAAAAGAGAGAGGAAGUUAGGACAACGUGGACUGUUUAAAUAAUUCUAGUAACGCUUAUUAAGUGUCGUAGUUUAAGGUUUAUGGUUGUAAAUAUAUAUUUUGUAUGUAAUAUUAAUAAAGAAUACACGGGUAAGGCUCAUAUUUUUAGCGCUAUCGCAUACAGGAGAUCACAACAGAAGGUGUCACAACUGAAAUAAUGUGUUACAACAGAAGUUGUAAACCUUUUUACACAGUAACUCUGACAGAGCUUAUUUUGCAUUUUAAAUAAGUGAGUGGUAUAUAUAUUUCAUUUUUAUGUAUGUUUGUAUUUAGUA